UGCAAUGGCCAGGGGCUCUCGCUUCGUUUGGAUUCCCUUCCUUUUGUCUUGUGUCUUUCAAGCUUCUGACAACAGACAUGUCCAACAGGAAGAGAUUCAUUUAAACGGUCCUUUGGGAAAUCCAGAGGUGGACGACAUCCUUUCGAAGAUCCUGAUAACCCUACCGGAAGGAAUUGACCCGAGGAAUAUAAAUGUAACGGUGCGUAGCGGAAAGGUUUUUACAACAAUCUCAAACAUAUUCAACAAUGCUUUAUUUUUAACCCACUUCAUAUACACCUUGUCAUGUGUGUCAAUCUAUUUUGUUCCUUCACAGUCAAUUAUUUCCAAAACUUGUACUGGUAUGAAGGAACAGCUGGCACAUCUCAACAUUCAGUUUCAGCAGACAACUCACCGCAUCAGCCAACUGGAUGAUGAAGCCUUCGGGUUGAGGGGGGAAGUCAGACUGCUGAAACUGCAACUUGCAACAUGCAGCUCCACAGCCUCGGCUAUCGCUGGCUCUUAUCAAACCCAGUUACUCAGCAAGAUGAAUCAGCUUCUGGGGACGAUUGAUAGCGAUACAUUUCUGAUCAUGAAAAUCAUUUCACUCACCAGAGAGGUGAAUUCAUCACAGAGGAAGGUCCAACACGCUGCUAAUGGCACGGAAACAAAUCACAUCAGUGGGCUGCAGAGAGAGCAGCAGGAGAAGAGCGUUGAACUGAGCCUAAAGACGCAGCAGACGGAAAGAAGCCACACAAACUCGGCACUAAUUCUUCAGAUCAUCUCACUGCAAAAUCAGAUCUGGGAUUUGGAUCAGGCAGAAUUAAGAAGAGGAGAUCUUCAGCCCAACAAGACAAUUCUGCCUCUUCAAGAACAGCUGGACAGGAAGAUCAGUGAGCUGCGAGGCAAAGGAGAUGCACACUCAGCCGUGCUGGAGCUGAUUUCUGUCAACAGUAAGAUUGCAGCCAUGCAGAGGCUCAUCAAUGUCCACAUUGAGGAAUCCAGAACUAACGCUGCCGAUUACCAGAGACAGUGGAGGCAAAAAGUUGAGCUCCUCAAAGGGAAGAUUUUACAGUUGAAUCGUGACGACCGUAACAAAGAACUCACCAAGCAAAUUUUGGUCUUGCAGUCUGAGUUGGAGCAUUUUAGAGAGUUAAUGAUGAACGCCAAAAAGACAACUGACUCUAAACUAAAAGAGCUAAGAAUUAUUUUGGGGGCGGAGAAGAAAAAAGAAGAAAACUUACAGAAACAGCUGGAGGAAGCAGAGUAUUCCCAGGCACAACUGAUCAUAAAAAUCAUCAGCAUCAUGAAAGAGGUGAGAGAGCUGGAUGGUGAUGAGCAACACCAGACAUCCUCAACAAGUCAAACCACCACUCUUCAGACUCUGCUUCAGGCCAAAGAAAAGGGAUUGGCCAAAGCUCAGGCUGAAAUAAACGAGCUUCAGAGGAAACUGCGACUAAAGAGUGAAGAAUGCCCUGGACUUGAGGAAAGAUAUCAGGAGGUAAAGACUGAAUUGGAACAGAAGAUCGCAGAGCUGAACAGAACCGGAGACUCCAAAGCAGCACUCAUUCUGAACGUGAUGAACCUGCACGAGGACCUGAAGACUCUGACGGACCUGAUCUCCACCGCAGAAGAUCCAGACAAGAUCUCAGGGCUGCAGAGGCAACUGGAGAAGAAGCAACACGAGCUGAACUCCCAGAUAGAGAGGCGGAUCCCCAACCCCAAAAUAUUUUUACUGAUCAUCAAGCUGCAGAAUGAGUUAUGGGACCUUGAGAAAAACGAGACCACUGGUGGCCAUGUAGAAGAGUUGCAAAGCAGAGUGGAUGGCCUUAUCAGUGAAAUAGAGGACAAAGAAGUCGACAACACAAAACGGAUGCUGAAAAUCAUGACGCUGCAGAGUCAGGUAGAGCGGCUGCAGAGACAGCUGUUACAAACCACCCAGGUAACCCAGCUCACAAAUGAGCUCACAACCAAGAAGGACGAGCUGCAGAAAUACGUCAACGAUCUGAAUGAGAAGAAUCCGGCAAACGCCCAAUUGAUUCUGACAAUCACUGAUCUGCAAAACCAGCUCAGAAAGCUAGAAAAAGAAAGGCCCGAUGAGGGCCAAACAACCUCUGCUGCAGUUACUAAGCUGAGAGAACAACUGACGGCAAAGGUUGAGGAGCACUCUCGUGAUCAAGCUGAGAUCAACGCUCUGCAGAACAAACUGAACCAGACAAAGGCGCAGUGUUCCAGUUUUGACCACACACUUAAUGAUCUGCAGAACGACCUGGACGUCAAAAUGAAGGAACUGCAGUCCGACUCUGGGUCUGUUACAUCACUUGCUCUUCAGGUUUCUACAUUAACGCUGCAGCUGGAGGAGCUACAGAGGAGACUACGAAACACUGAGUCUGAAACCAAGAGGAAUGAACAGAAACUUCAAAAAAUGAUAGAUGAGAAAAACAAUGAACUGACCAAAAAAACAGCAGAGCUGAAAGCAAGAAGUGCUCAACCACAAAGACUUCUACAGAUCAUUGCAAUACAAACAGAUAUUGACAAGUUGGUGAAUGUAGCAGCAAACGAGACAAAUUACGAUAAGAUUAGAGCUCUCCAAGACCAUUUGAAUUAUUUAAUUGACGGAAUUCAAAACGAGAACAAUGAAAAUACUAAACUGAUGUUUAAAAUCUUGGCUCAACGAGAUGAAAUAGCGAGAUUGGAGAAGCAGGAAAAGAGUCAGACACAAGCAGCACUGGAGAGAAUUAAAGAUCUGGAGGAUGAACUGGAGCACGUCAGAAAUCAGAUAAAAGAAGAGACAUCGGAGCUGGACUCAAGUGAUACAAGGAUCGCUAAUUUGUCGGCUCAGAUUAUGGAACUUCACAAGAAAAUCAAACCACUGGAAGACGAGAUAUCUGACCUUAAAGAGACCAGCGAUGAGAAUGUCAGAGAGCUGCAAACGAGACUGCAUCUGACAAAGAGGCAACUGCAAGACAGUGAACUCCUACUCAAGGAUGCAGAUACGAAGAAUUUCAACCUGAUAAUGGAGGUUGCUGAUCUGAGGACACAACUGAAAAAGGCUCAGAAACAGGCUUCCCAAGCUGCUGAAAACAAUAUUGACGAAUUGAAACAACUACUACAAACGCAACAAAGAGAGAACAAAAGACUUAAAAAUACAAAUAAAGACUUAAAGCAAGAGGUCAAGGAACUGAAAAUGUGCUGCGCUGAUGACGUCAACACCCAGUGUGACGAUUUGCAAAGACAACUGCAACAGAGCCAGGAGGAUGCGGAUCGCCUGCAGCAGCAGCUGCACAAGAAGGAGGCCACCCUCAAACAGCUGCAGCGGGAGUUAAAGGAACAGAACAGGGAGAACAACACACGGCAGCAUGAAUACAGCAAGCUUCAAGCCAAACUGAGGGAUGUGGAAGAUAAGACGAUCUCUGCCAGGCGGGUGACCUUGGAUCCAAACACAGCGCACCCAAGAAUAGCUCUGUCUGUGGGUAACACCGAGAUAACCACUUCUGAUGUAACACAAGAUGUCCCCGACCAUCCGGGCCGGUUUGAUGUGAGUCUCGCCAUCCUUGGCACAACCGGCUUCUCAACUGGCAGACAUUACUGGGAGGUGUCUGUAGCUGGGAAGCUCUGUUACCACCUUGGGAUGGCCAGUGAAUCUUCUCAAAGAAAGGGAGCGAUAAUAUUCAAUCCGACAAAUGGUUUCUGGACUGUAGUCCUGAACAGACAGGGUCAGUACAGAGCUAUCGAUAGGAGUGUCGUUGGUAUUCCGGUCCAGACGCUACCUCUUACACUUGGAAUUCUGCUGGACUACAAAAAGGGAAUGAUCUCAUUCUACGACGCUGGUGCCAGGUCUCAUAUGUACUCAUUUGUAGGUCAAAGGUUUACUGGCAAAAUCUAUCCAUUUAUCAAUUUGUGUGUCGAGGAUGUUGAAAGUCAGACACCAAUAGUGUCACUUCCUCCUGGAUCGGUCGACUGGAUAAAAUAGAGAACAAGGCAAGUUAUGUUUUGUUCUGUGUCAAAUCACAGCCAUGUAUCUAAUUUACGGUAAUCUCAGUAGGUCAUAAAACAAUCCCUCGAGUAGUUCUCAGACAUAUUUGUUACUGCUGCUGCUGAAUAUUAAAAAAACAACAAAUGUACAAUGAUGCAUUUUGUUUAUUAUAAGAGAAUUUGUCCUCUUGUCCAUGUCAUUCCACGUGUUUCAAUCACUAGGCCGAGGUCAUUAGAUGGUAGAGCUUCGCCCAUGACAGAAGCAUUAAACAAAAAGUUCUGAACUGAAAUGAAAAGUGGUGUGUGAUGCAGCCCUGGACAAACCGGUGUAUGAAACUGAUCAAAAACAGCUCAUAUUGAAUUGAACACGUGUGUUCUUACAAUGAAAUGGCAACAAUAAAUCCUAUCGCAGUUACACAAACAUUUAUCUGAAGAGACCUACCUCAGUUUCAAUACACAUUUACAAACAAGUGUCACCUCUUAACACAUUUCAUUAUGAUCACUUUCCUUUCCAUCACAAUGCAAACAUUAGUCAGUCUCUCCCUGAUGUACCAGCUACGCUUGUGUAAAAGUGGCCAACAAAAACUGGGUCCUGCUGUUCCAGUAUGUGCAGGAAAUGAUUCCUCUCCUCCUCUCCCCAAGACUCAAACCACUGGGUCCACAGGCGCAGUUGGCAUUCAUAGAUGUUUGGUAGUCUGUCUUUA